GUAACCAAGCCUGACCUACUCUUUUUUUCUUAUAAUAAUUUUCUAAUUCAUCAAAUCAUUAUCUGAGGUUUGUUUGAAGAAUAUACAAUGUCUCAGCUUCUCUUCUGUCUCUCCAAACUAUCAUCUCGGAACAACAAUGUUCUUAUACACAAGAACUCUCGUUUUUUAUCAACCAGCCCGUAUCUGAUACUUGGCGUAUUUGGGGAUGACUUUAGGUCAGCAUGUGGCGGCUUCCUCAGUGAUAUCCUCUUGUUUGACCCGGCAAAGGAAGAGUUACUCACAGUGCGGGACAAAACAGUGCCCGUAGAGCUUGUUUGCUCGCAAGUGAUGGGAGCGUCACAUGGAUGGGGUUUUUUCGCUGAUCAUAAUUCCGUAUGUAUCAGCGACACUUUUAGUCCACUGGCUUCCAAAUCAGACAGCAAGGUAAUUACUCUGCCUCCUAUUACUAGUAUGAUCUAUGGCCAAACCGAAGUGGUCUGGAACGUGGCCAUGUCGUCCUCUUCUCCGUAUCAUCAAGACAACGAGGACGGAGAGUGUGUAGUGGCUAUCAAGUUCUUGGGUAAUCAUUUGACCAUGUGCAGGCCUGGCCGCCGUGACCUAGGUUGGACUAACAAACUGAUCCCUUUCGUCUGCUUCGAAAACUCAAACCUCAUGUAUUCAAAGAGAGAUCAAAGAUUCUCUCUGCCUGCUCCUGGAGGCAAUUACUUGUGCUCUUGGGAUCUCCACUUCGAGAACGAACCUAAGUUCACUGAGUUGGUGUUUCGAAACAUUCCCCAGUUGCCACAGUCCGAGUGGGAGAUGAUGGAUUCUUGUUUCAAGGAGGACCAUUGGGUGGAGUCACCUUGUGGCCAAAGUUUCCUAGUCAAAUGGUACUCUCAUGUCCCUUCUAUAAGAUGCAAAGAGACGAUGGUUAUGGUGUUUAGAGAGGAUCAAGACACAAACGAGCGAACAAAAAACAUGUCUUACACCGAGGACAUAGGAGAUCUUUGCAUAUUCCUCUCGAAAAGUGAACCUUUCUGCGUUGUGGCCAGCUCUUGCCCUGGUCUCAAGCCCAACUCCAUCUACUUGAUGGGCCAUAGCUUUGCUGUUUAUGAUAUAACCACUAAAACCGCCCGUCACUUUGAACGUCCCAAAGGUUUACCAGAAAGCCUUACUCAUUUCCUCCCUUACUGGCUUGCUCCAUUUUCUAUGUAAAGUUCUAUGGUGUGGCUAGCUGCAGCUCGAAGAAAGCAUAAGGUUAAGGGUAGAAAGCAGUCAAAAUAAGGAGUCUGGGAGUGUUCUAUGGUGUGUAGUAGUAGUAGUGGAAAUAUAGGUUAUAUUGAGUUAAAUAAGUCUGUCUGUGAGUGUUCUAUGGUGUGGUGUAUUUCAUUUUAAUACUUUCUCUCGGUACCACCGUUUGGAUUGCUUUUAGAUAAUGUGACUUUUGUUUUCGGUGCAGUUUCUA